AUGGGUGAUAGAGAGAGUAAAAAGUCCAUUACAGAAAGAUAUUCUAAAACUAAGGAACAAGUUAAAUCAUAUAAUUUAAUAUUUGACAGAGAAUUUAAUACACACAGAGGAAAUAAUAUAAUUAUAAAUGAGCAUUUACCAGAAAUUCGUUUAGAACCCAGAAUGGAAAAUAAUCAUUUACAAGAAAUGCAAAUAGAUCUUAAUUUAGCAGAAAGAAUUGAUAAUAGAGUUAUAUCACACCAAUCUGUGGAUGACAAUACUCAACCAUUCAAUUCUUUAUUUAAAACGGUCACAGAAAUAAUUGAAAAAAUGUUGACAAUAUAUGAAUCUGCUGAAUGUAGUAAAAAAAUUUGUUGUGCAUUAUUAUUUCGAGCUGAAAUAACACAAACUUGUAUAAAGAAUUUACAAAGAAAACGUCAAGCUAAUGCUAAAAAUUUUCGACGACAAGAUUAUUAUCUUACUUGGGUUAAGUUUAUUAAUGUUUUAAAGAAUAUCAUGAUAUUUUCUGAAGAAAUUACACAGUUAUCAUGGUUCAGAAAGUUUUUAAAUAUCAAUAUGGUUAUAGAUACUUUUUAUACAAAUAUUGUAGAAUUCGAAGAUUCUUGUUAUGAUUUAAAUUUAAUUUCAGCUGUGUACAGUGCUGAACAAAGAGAAAAAGAGGCACAAGAUGUAGCUUACGAUAUUUUAAUUUUGAGAAAGUCAUUGGAUGGAAUGCAACCCGAAAUUAAAACAUUAACUACAGAGAUUGCUGCAUUGAAUGCUGCAAAACAUUCGUUAAAAAAUGCUAAACCUGAGAUUAUAGCUUCAAAUGUUCCAAGAAGACUGUGCAAAAUACCUCGAAUAAAUUCAGAGGAACUAAACGAUCUACCUCCUUCUAAAGAUAAUAGACGUGGAUCGAUCACAAAAAAAAUCUUUCGUGGAAAAGAAAUUACAAAUAAGCUUGAACCAAAAAUUUCAAUUUAUCGUGGAUAUAGAGAAAAAGGUUUUGUCUACGUUAAUAUGGAUGAAACAUUUCGAUGGUUAGCUCCAGAAAGAAUGAAAAAUCCUAUCCCUCGGUAUAAUAAUCAAUCUGAAAUAUUUAGAGAACUCGCUAGAAUUAUUAAAUCAGCUUGGGAAGAAGAUCCUUCAUCUCGUCCCUUGGAUUUAGAGUUACAGUUGAAGUUGGGUGAAUUACAUAAUAAAUAUUUUUCGCAUGAUAUCAUGCUAAAUUUGGAAUUUCUUCGAAAUCGAAAUCGAAGUAGUUCUCACCUUAUUCCACAAAGUUUUAAUGGAAAAUCAAAAAGAGAUUCGGUAACUAGUGAAAUGGAAAUUGAUGAUUCAAAAACUAUUGCAAUUAUUGGGCCAACUGAUAGUGAUGAUUCAAAAACUAUAGUGAUUAGUGGAACAAUUGUAAUCGAACAACCAGCAAAUGAAUCAACAAAUGCUGAAGAAUCAACAAAUGUUGGAGAAUCAACAAAUGUAGGAGAAUCAACAAAUGUUGGAGAAUCAACAAACGUUGGAGAAUCAAUGAAUAUCGAAGAAUCAACAAAUGUUGAAGAAUCAAUGAAUAUCGAAGAAUCAACAAAUGUUGAAAAAUCAACCAACGUCGGGGAAUCAACCAAUGUUGAAGAAUCAUCCAAUGCUAAAGAAUCAACUGAUGUUAGAGAACGAACCAAUGUUGAAAAACCAACCAAUGUUGAAGAAUCAACAAAUGUUGGGGAAUCAACAAAUGUUGGAGAAUCAAUGAAUGUUGAAGAAUCGACCAAUGUUGAAGAAUCAAUGAAUAUCGAAGAAUCAACAAAUGUUGAAAAAUCAACCAAUGUUGAAGAAUCAACCAAUGCUAAAGAAUCAACCAAUGUUAAAGAAUCAACCAAUGUUGAAGAAUCUACAAAUGUUGAAGAAUCAACAAAUGUCGAAGAAUCAACCAAUGUUGAAAAAUCAAUGAAUAUUGAAGAAUCGGCAAAUGUUGAAAAAUCAACCAACGUUGAAGCUGAAGAAUCAAGCAAUGUUGGAGAACCAACCAAUGUUGAAAAACAAACCAAUGUUGAAGAAUUAACAAAUGUUGAAAAACCAACCAAUGUUGAAGAAUCAACCAAUGUUGAAUCAACCAAUGUUGAAAAAUCAACCAAUGCUGAAGGAUUAACAAAUGUAGAAGAAUCAACCAAAGUAGUAGAAUCAAUGAAUGUUGAAGAAUCAACCAAAGUAGAGGAAUCAAAGAAUGUUAAAGAAUCAACCAAUGCAGAAAAAUCAACCAAUGUAGAAGAAUUAACUAAUGUAGAAAAAUCAACCAAUGUUGAAGAAUCAAUGAAUGUUGAAGAAUCAACCAAUAUUGAAAAACCAACAAAACUUGAAAAGCCAACCAAUGCUGACGAAUCAAUGAAUAUUGAAGAAUCAUCCGAUAUUGGAAAACCAACAAAGGUUAAAAAACCAACCAAUGUUGACGAAUCAAUGAAUAUUUAA